AUGCAGGACGGACGCACCCCUCUUCAUUGGGCUGCUUCAUCCGGGUCUCUUGAUAUUGUCCGAGACUUGCUUGAUCAGAAAGCCGAAGUUGAUCGUGGAGACGGCAGUGGCUGGACACCUCUGCACAUUGCCGCCAGUGCGGGGCACGAAGAUGUUGUGCGCGAGCUCCUCGGAGCCGGUGCUGAUGUCAACAAGAAGAAUGACAAGGGCAUUACGCCAUUGUGA